AACCCAACCAAAUCCUUAUUUCUUAUUGCAUACCCAUUUCUUUGAACCCUUCUUUCUCUUAAAUUCCCCUUUUAAAAAGUUCUUGGAUUCUGUGUUGAAUUGGAUUCCCAGAAUUUGCAUCCAGCCCUUGAAGAGUUUAUAAAUUACAGUAAUGGGGCUUAAAGAUAUUGGAGCUUCACUUCCCCCAGGGUUUAGAUUUUAUCCGAGUGAUGAAGAGUUGGUGUGCCAUUAUCUUUACAAGAAGAUUAUGAACGAGCAAGUUGUUAAGGGCACUCUUGUGGAGAUUGACUUGCAUACUUGUGAGCCAUGGCAGCUUCCUGAGGUGGCGAAGCUGAAUAGCAACGAGUGGUACUUCUUCAGCUUUCGAGAUCGAAAAUACGCUACAGGAUUUCGGACGAAUCGCGCGACGACAUGUGGGUAUUGGAAAGCUACUGGAAAAGAUCGAACGGUGGUGGAUCCUUCAACAAGGGAGAUCGUAGGGAUGAGAAAGACUUUGGUGUUUUAUAGGAACAGAGCUCCAAAUGGGAUUAAAACUGGAUGGAUUAUGCAUGAAUUUCGGUUUGAGGCCCCACAUCGGCCCCCAAAGGAGGACUGGGUUUUAUGUAGAGUGUUUCAAAAGGGCAAGCAAGAAGAGCACAGCAUCAAACUCAACCAACAUUUUACAUUUGAAGAUUUCGAGCGCGUUCCCACUGUCAUCCGAGCUCCAUCUCCCCUUCCAAGCGACCCGAGUCCGAUCGCCAUGCCUUGUGGCUACAAUGUCGAUAUCACUUCAUUAACCUCAAUGGCUCCCCAUCAGAGUCAUGGCUACAUUGGCAGCUGUUCUUUUCUCCAUCUCCUUCAACUCCCUCAAGAAAAAGAUGACAAUAAUAAUAAUCCCGAAGCUGAUCAACUUUUCUGCCCCAAAAAUGACUCUGAUUAUGGGGUUUUGUGGAACAUGGACUUGGAAGAACAUACCUUUCAAGAUGGCGCCAUUUCGAACUUGGAUCAAAUGGCCUUCGACGUCGAAAGCAGCCUGGUUUUCCUCUGAACUCGUAUCUAUCUGCUACUGCAUAUCUCAAUGGGUUGUUUGUUCAUAUAUAGUUUGAUAUGGUUUGGUGUUUGGAUUUAGGAGAGUGUUUGGGGCAUUGUUGUGUGCUUAGGACACACUUGGAUUUCAUUUUUUCCUUUAAAUCUUUGUUCUUGCUGUAUACAAAAUUAGUUAAACUUGUAAUAAAGAAAUUUAGUUAGCUGCA